AUGGAAGUUUCUACUAAUGUAGAAGCAGCUGAAAAUGAAAGAGCAAGUUACCUUCCUGAUCCGUUGACCAAUGCAUCUGAAUUUAACAAUACAACAGCUAUACCUAUAAUCUCAAGUGCUGUGUUAGAUGUCAAUGGUACCAAAGUGUCGUCUGAUGAAGUUGCUGAACAUCUUUUAGAACGAAUCAAAGCACAAGUGCCAGAAAAAACACACGGAAAAGUCACCAAGCAAAACUCUAAACAAGACACUGUAUACAUAAUUUCUCGUGGCAACAAACCGGCCAAUGAAUAUUCUAAUCCAAAUCUUUUAUUAGAAAUCUUUCCUACCCUAUUCCCAUAUGAAUGUGGUGGGCUUGAGGAUGGUUCUCGACCGAUUCAAAUCAAUUUUCGUGAGCAUCUCAGAUAUCUUCUUUCGUAUGCAGAUCGCCGCUUUGAAGAACACUAUUCAUUUAUAUUCGUUGUCUUCAAUAUUUUACAACUCCGAACAGCAUGUUUCCACGCCCAAUUAAUGACAACAAGAUCGUGGUUUCAACAAUCUGCACAAGUUCUUAACUCAUUGAGUUCUGAAGAUGUAGCAGCAGCCCUUAUUAAUAUCUCAAAAGCGCCUUAUUCAAAAGUUACUGACGAGAGAAUAAAUACGUUGAUGAAGCACAUCAAAAUUAUUGGUGGUCACGUCAUGGGUUCAGCUCAUUCCCGAUCAGCUCUUCAUGAAACCAACGACGGAACAAGUACGACAAGCGAUGAUAGAACAUUAAUUGGAGAAAUUGGAUCAACAGCAAGUGAAGUUAUACCACCAUGUCUCCCGACACCAAAUCCUGCAUUGGAAGACUUCGAUCAAACGUUUCGCAAAGAUGCAGUUCAAUUGGUCGAAACCUGCAAUAUUCACUAG